ACGGAGCUCAAUUGUGUCUUCUCUCACCUCUUUCUCUCUCCUCACCUCAAACAUUGUCUCUGUGAAGAAGGCACCUGACGGUGAGGAACUGUGUGUAAUUGAGAAUCCGUUCCCUUGCAUUGAUUGAUUGAACGCACCGAAACCAGCUCCCCUUCAGCUCCGGGGAUUGGGAUUUCAAACCAAAUUCGCUGUAAUUCAAUCCCAAUCGGUGGCGGCAACAAAGAUUACUAACCACAAUUAACCCGCAAGGUGGGGUACACUGUUGAAUAAUGGCUGUUCAGGCUCCAUUCAAACCGAGUAUGUCCGACGAUUUCGAUGAUGAGGAUGGUCCAAUGAUUUUCAAGAGGCCCGGCUCAUCAACUAAGCAAAAUGAAUUGAAGGCUGAAUUGAAGAAGCCAUCUUCUCAGAGGCCUGAUGGACAGUCAGGGAGACAUAAUUCGAAUGGUCAGAGCUCCAGUUCUCAUAAAGGUAAUGUUCUGCCAUCAGCAAAGCCAACCUCCAUGAAACCACCGGCAGGAAACUCCACAAGAUCGCCUUUAAUGAGCCCAAAAGCAUCAACUUCAUCUGCAAAGGGGUCUCCUAUGAUGUCAAAAAAACUAUCAACAUCAUUAGAUUCUCAGUCCAGACAAUCAUCUAGACAGAGCACACCUACCAGUGUUAAAGAGGAAUCCGACAAUGAUUCUGAAGAUAAAAAACCACUUAGUUUUAGGAUACAAGGUAACUCCAGUAUCAGCAGCAAAGGUCAAAGUUUGGCCGGUUUGUCUCAGCCACCAAAGAAAAUUGCUGGCAAAGAUUCUGCCGAUAGUUCUGAUGAUGAAAAACCUAUAGCAGCGAGAAUGUCCCAGAAGUCCAACGUUGGGACAUCGGUUAGUAAGCCUCAUGCUUCUGGUGAAAAGAAGUCCGUGCCUUCAAAAACACAGCAAAAUGGGUUUGCCUCAAGAGAAGAUUUGCGGAAAUCUCCAAUUUUGACCAACAAAAGACCACUUGAGAAGACCAGUGCCUCUGAUCAGUCAUUACUUAAAAAGCCAAAAGUUUCCGAUGCAUCCUCUGCAUUAAAAGCUAAACAAUCUGUUAAAGCAGAGUCUGAUGAUGACGAUGAUGACCACACUCCAAUUGCCCAGAGAAUUAAGAAGCCCGCCACGGCUGCAUCUGGGAAUAAGUCGUCGUCCUCUGCGAAGGAAAAGAUAAAACAAGUUGUUUCAACAAAGUUUAAGAAGACUACCAAACAGUCUAAGAAAGUAAUGAAGACGUCAAAAUACUCUAAAUCGACCAGGGUACCACCUGGUUCUGGUGAUGGACAGAAAAAGUGGACUACUUUGGAACACAAUGGUGUCAUUUUUCCACCUCCAUACAAGCCCCAUGGUGUGAAGAUGCUUUAUAAAGGGAAGCCUGUUGACUUGGCCCCCGAACAAGAGGAAGUGGCGACAAUGUUUGCGGUGAUGAAAGAUACGGACUAUAUGCAGAAAGAAAAGUUCAGGGAGAAUUUCUGGAAUGAUUGGAAAAAAAUUCUUGGGAGUAAACAUCUAAUUCAAAAGUUGGAGUAUUGUGAUUUCACUCCAAUAUAUGAUUGGUAUCAACAGGAGAAGGAGAAGAAGAAACAUAUGAGCAAAGAAGAAAAGAAUGCUCUUAAAGAAGAGAAAUUAAAGCAAGAGGAGAAGUAUAUGUGGGCCAUUGUCGAUGGUGUCAAAGAGAAGGUUGGGAACUUCAGAGUUGAGCCACCUGGGUUAUUCCGUGGGCGCGGAGAGCAUCCAAAGAUGGGAAAGCUAAAACGGCGUAUUCGCCCAAGGGAUAUUACAAUUAAUAUUGGAAAGGGUGUUCCAGUUCCGGAAUGUCCUAUCCCUGGUGAAAAAUGGAAAGAAGUAAGACAUGACAACACUGUCACGUGGUUGGCCUUUUGGAAUGAUCCUAUAAAUCAGAGGGAGUUCAAAUAUGUGUUUCUUGCUGCAAGCAGCUCCUUGAAGGGCCAAAGUGAUAAGGAGAAAUAUGAGAAAGCGAGGAUGUUGAAGGAUCACAUACACAAAAUAAGGACAGCUUAUACAAAGAAUUUCACGAGCAAAGAUGCUUCGAAGCGGCAAAUAGCAGUUGCUACUUAUCUGAUAGAUAAGCUGGCUCUGAGGGCUGGAAAUGAGAAGGAUGAUGAUGAGGCAGAAACAGUGGGUUGCUGCACAUUGAAAGUUGAAAAUGUGAAAGCAGUUAGCCCAAACUCAUUGGAGUUCAACUUCCUCGGUAAAGAUUCCAUCAGAUAUGAAAAUACAGUUGAGGUUGAGCUCCCUGUGUACAAGGCAAUUCUGCAGUUUCAAGCAGGGAAGAAGCCUGGUGACCCACUUUUUGAUGAGCUAGAUACCAGUAAACUGAAUGCUCAUUUGAAGGAAUUGAUGCCUGGCCUUACAGCGAAAGUCUUCCGUACCUAUAAUGCUUCUAUUACAUUGGAUGACAUGUUGAAUCGGGAGACAAAAGAAGGAGAUGUUGCAGAGAAAGUUGGAGUAUAUAAUCGUGCAAACAAAGAGGUCGCCAUCAUUUGCAAUCACCAGCGGAGCAUUUCAAAAUCCCAUGCAGCACAAAUGGAGAAGUUGACUGAGAAAAUCAACGAAUUAAAGGACAAUCUUAAAGAGCUGAAAGUAGACUUGGAACGGGCACGCAAAGGAAAACCUCCAUUGAAAGAUGCCGAAGGAAAGCGGAAGAAGAACUUGAGCCCUGAAUCAAUACAGAAGAAGAUAACUCAAAUUGAAGCGAAGAUAGAGAAAAUGGAACGGGAUAAGGACACUAAAGAGGAUCUGAAAACUGUCGCCUUGGGCACUUCGAAGAUCAAUUAUCUCGACCCAAGAAUCACCGUCGCGUGGUGUAAGCGCCAUGAAGUCCCAAUCGAAAAGAUGUUCAACAAGUCUCUGUUGGCGAAGUUCGCCUGGGCGAUGGACGUGGAGCCCAACUUCAGAUUUUAAUAAUACACAUGGCUAGGUCAUUCCCGGUCGAGCCGGUGCAAGGGAAUCUCUUCUUUUUCUUGCUAUUUUAGCGAAAGGAAAAUUUUUUAGUUCUAGGAUGAUGAGGAUUAAAGUCGGAUGCUCAACUAAUCUAAUUGUGGAUGGGGUUUCUUGGGUUCCCCGUGUUCUUUCAUCUCUACCGUCUGUGUUCUUUCGUCUUAUUUGGGGACUCUCAUUCUCAGCGGAGAAUUUGUGUCGGACAUGAUCCUCGGAUACUUCUGUUCUGAACAUUUUAUUUUUCUCUUUUAAUUUAAUGUCGAAAGAAUUACUGAGAAAUGUUCAGUUGGUAAAUGUGAUUAUUUUUUGCUUUGCUGCU